UGGAUCGGACGCAUUGUUCUGUCACAAGAGCGAGCUAGUAGAAGAAGAAGAAGAUGAGGAUGCCUGCGGUGAUCGGCUUUAUGCAACGUCGUGGCUCACUUUCAAGCUGGCUACCGGUCCUCGUUGUCCUGGCCGGAUUCUGCUGGGCCUACUACGCCUACGUGCACGUCUUCUGCCCAGUCCUGGUCGCGGACCACGCCGAACGCGUCUCGCUGUCGGCACUCUUCCACCUGAUCCUCUUCCUCGCCCUUUGGUCCUUUCUACGGGCGGUCACUGCGUCCAUCCCACCCGUACCAUCGCUGUACUCCGUGAACGCACCGAAUCGCAGGAUGAUAGCGGACUGCAAGGCUUACCAGGAGCGAAAAGAGAUACUGGAGGCACUGGGCUCCAGCAGAGGCAUCCUGACGCGCGCUGCCGACGGAAGCGUACGCUACUGCGAACAGUGCGGACUCAUCAAGCCCGACCGUUGCCACCACUGCUCUUGCUGUCGGAGAUGCAUCUUGAAGAUGGAUCACCACUGUCCGUGGCUGAACAACUGCGUGGCCUUUAGCACCUACAAGUUUUUCCUGCUCACGCUGUUCUACGUGGUGCUGCUGUCCACGUACACCUUCGUGACCGUCUCGUCGUACGCCUUGGACACAGCGACCGCGAUGGGGCUUCCCACGGGCGUCCUGGUACACACCGGCUUCCUACUGUUGGCCGGCACCGCGCUCACGGUUCUCAUCGGCGGCUUCUUCGGCGUCCACGUGCGCAUCUUGUGCCGCAACGAGACGACACUGGAAACCAUGCGCCCGUUCCUUUUCGUCGAGUCGCUCGACUCGUUCGACCUCGGCGUUCGCCGCAACGUUGUCCAAGUUUUCGGCUCCAGCGUCUACCUAUGGCCUUUCCCUGUGCACAGCACCCCGGGGGACGGCGUGCGCUUCCCGACAAAGCUUUACCCGGACCCAGGAACCACUAUCCUGACGCUAAUGCGGCAACGCUCGCGGCAGGUGGCACUAAGUCUCUGCGGCCAGAACCUUCCGGUCGUCUCACCGUCCAUGGAGACCGCAUUGGGAGAUCUCGUACCCUCGCCUGGCGCCACCGCUCGUCACGUCUCGACCACGACUGGUCGCGGGGAACCUGGAAAGGCGAUUAGGCGACCAGAAAGGGAUGCGUACCACACCGCCCUGGAGACCACGGGACUUUCACUGUCGUCGACGUCCGAGCAGUACCGGUCCGGGUUGACGGUGUCAGCCGUGAACGGUGGUGGUACCGUGCAGCUACCGGCAACGCCGCCCCCUGGACUGAUAUCGCCCAUCGGCGCACGUUCGCCAUUGCAGCGCUUAGGGGCGACGUCCACUCAAGGAUCGUCUGUGGUCGUCCCUCAGCCGACGCUCUUGAGGACGGGUUCCCAGACGUCCUUCGUGUCCGUUCAAACACGCUAGAAUGUAUAUAAAUAUCUCAUUUUUUCCGUGAUGACACUGCAGCAUAUUAACCACUUCUCAUUGUUCCCACAUAUGCCGAGAAUUCGUGUUCUUUUAUAGCAAUUUAAAAGCGUUCACGAACGCCUGAACCUCUCGUACAAAUAAACGUUCAACAUUUCGUACAAAUAAACCACACAGCCAUACAUUUAAGCCAUCUUUUAAAACAUAAACGCAAAUGCUGCAAGAAUUAUGCUUACGGAACCGUUACAAGUGUACAGAGAGUCUCUGGCCAUGUUGCGUCGUCGUCUUAUUCGGAA